UUAUCUGAUCCAAAUUCAUUGCAACAUAAAAUCAGUGGGCAUUUCUGGUCACUUCAAGUAAGAUACAAAAAAAAUGGAUAGAAGAUGGAGUCUUCAAGGUAUGACUGCUCUUGUAACCGGUGGCACUAAAGGUAUCGGGGAAGCUGUGGUGGAGGAACUAUCUAUGUUGGGAGCAAGAGUCCACACAUGUGCAAGAGACGAAACUCAACUUCAAGAAAGCUUACGUAAAUGGCAAGCAAAAGGGUUUCAGGUCACCGCUUCUGUCUGCGACGUUUCUUCUCGUGAGCAACGAGAGAAACUCAUGGAAACCGUUUCCUCUCUCUUCCAAGGAAAACUCAACAUCUUUGUAAACAAUGCGGCAACGUUUAUAGUCAAGCCGGCUACAGAGUUUACAGCAGAAGAAUACUCGUUUGUAAUGGCUACAAAUCUCGAGUCAGCUUUUCAUCUUUCACAGCUCGCUCAUCCAUUAUUAAAAGCUUCGAGUUUAGGGAGUAUCGUGUUCAUAUCCUCUGUUUCUGGAAUUGUGCAUACUGAUACCGGUUCAUGCAUCUAUGGAGCAAGUAAAGGUAUAUAUGUAUGUAUAUAUUCAGACAGCGAAUGGUCGACUUAAUUAACUAACAUAUGUGUAUAUAUAAAUGCUUGUUUUAGUAGCUUUGAAUCAACUAGGAAGAAACUUAGCAUGUGAGUCAAGUGACAAUAUAAGGGUUAACUCUGUGUGUCCAUGGGUCAUAGCAACUCCUUUAGUUACCGAUGUAAGGCUAUUAAAUUAGAAAUUUAUAAAAACAAAAAUCUCCUUGAUACUACAAAAAUAAGAUAAAAUAAUAAAAUUAUUACAUGUGAAUCUUAACAUGUGAAUCUUUAACUUAAGCCAAAGAUUAUAUAUACU